UUUAUCCCUAACUUUUAAAAAAUCAUCGUCUAUCCUUCCAUGUUGCUCUACCACAUAAAAUAAUAUAGCCUACUAAAACACAUUGAAGAUUGUUUUUGUAACAUGACAAAAUAUGAAAAUGUCAAGAGGUGUGAGGGCAAGGUUUGUGUUGAGAAUGAGCUUUUUUCCACCAGAAUGAGGGAGGCCCCACCAUUUGUUGCACUUACUAGCAUGAGUUUCUCCAGUCCACCCACACAUUCGCACAACAAAUCUGUCAGUCUCCCUUCCCCCCAGAUUUCUUGGUGGAACAAGACAACGAUUUCUGUGUGUGCGAGACGCCGUGCAACAUGACCAGGUACAGCAAGGAGCUGUCCUUCGUCAAGAUCCCCAGCAAGGCCUCGGCCAAGUAUCUGGCAAAGAAAUACAACAAAACAGAGCAGUACAUUAAGGACAACAUUUUGGUUUUAGACAUCUUCUUUGAGGCUCUGAAUUAUGAAACUAUCGAACAGAAGAAAGCAUAUGAAGUGGCUGGACUUUUAGGUGAUAUUGGUGGUCAGAUGGGACUCUUUAUUGGUGCGAGCAUACUGAGUAUUCUGGAGAUUUUUGACUACCUGUAUGAGGUGAUAAAAUGCAAGCUGUGCGGCUGCUCCAAUAAGAAACACAAGCACAACAGCACCGACCAAGGAACGGUCCUGAGCUUGGACGACGUCAAGUGUCACGUCAGUAACUUUCAUUAAGCCGCCGUCUGGAGCAGGGAGCCUCUGCCUGGACUUUGCUACUGCGACAGUGUGAGGAUGAAUUAACUGGGCCUGGUUGGGCUUAACUCUCUCUGUGAACACGGUCAGGCGGCCAACAGAAGCAGACGGUCACGCAGGCAGUCAGUCAGCUGGCCUGCAGAAACCAGAGACCAACCUGGUCAGAUCAACUGCAUGGUCAUCUGAAACAUCCUUUGAAGACAGGAGCAGCGAAGCAGACAUCUGCUCCUUGAAGGUUCAUAACGUGUGCUGUGCUUUGGUGUGUUUAUCUGUCAGCGUGAUUAGGCUUUAUGUAAAAUGAUUGUUCAUUUGCAAGAAUUUUCUCAGUUCUGCACUAGUCCUGUUGCCUUUAUUCUCCUAUUUUUCCACCCAAAAAAAGAAAAAUCAUUUUUAUAUUCCUGUCCUCCAUCCUCAUCUUAAGAGCCCUUGAUAAACUCAGUGCAUUCUGCCAAAACAUUGUACUACCUCAGCUUCCAGUGCAAAGGCACCACUAUGAAUUUACAGACCAAGCUAAACUGACGAUCAGUAAAAUGAUUUUUAAUUAUCUGGGAAACGGUGAAAUAUAUGUGGCUUUAAAUCUGUUAGUAGGUGCAAGAUUUUAGUUAAGGCUCUUCUCUUUCAAAAGACAUUUCAACUUUUGUAGUUAUAACAAAAUCAACACUAUUAACACGAUGAUAUAUUGUUUUUUGACAAACAGAACAAAAAAACUGAGUCACAAACUUGCUCUAGAUCUUUUUGUGAUUCUAAAUGUAAUGUCUUUCUUCUAACUUAAGCCUUCUCAAGUCAUCUAAUGGUUAAACAAAUGUCCUCUAUGUCACUUGGUGGACAUGUUCCUUUAGGUUUAAUAUUUUUGGAGAGUGGCUAAGACAAUUGGGGACCAAGUAAAGAAAGAAGUAGCACUUAUAAAAAUGCUUCAAUUACAGUUAUUUUAUAGCAGUUGUUAGGGAUGCCGGUAAUUGUUGCAGCAGUUAUAACUUGUGUGUAUUUCCUCAAAUGUUCAGCGUGGAAAUUAUGCUUCUGCAAUUGAAGAUGAAUCUAUUUUAAGGAUUUUUACACAACUUUACCAGGGGAAGGUGUAGAGAAAAAGAUUAACUUAUUAUGAGAGUACCAUCCCUGUUCCUGUAGUAGAACUAGACUUUUUUCAGUUUGUUAAAUAAUUAAAAACAACUCCAAUUCUUAUUAAUUAGCAUUGUAUGUUUGGUUGGAAGAACCAGAUUAAUGGUACAAUACUUUCAGUUUUCACUCAAAGCCAAACAUUUCCAUUCCCAACUAGAGAAAUAGUGUGGAGGUCAAAUGAAGAGAAUAUUUGGGAAAGAGGAAAGUUUCUCCCUAAUUCCCAUUUCAAAGUCCAACACAGGGACUCUGCCUUCAAAACGCAGGAACAGCUGUAGCAGAAAACUGUUUAUUUCCACAUCCAGCAGUUUGUAUCUCAUGAAGUCGUCCAUAUAUUUAAUACUACACAACCUCUGUUAGUCAGUGUGUUUCUUAAGUGUUUUAAUACAUACAAAGUGAAGAAAAAUUAAAUAGCUUGUGUUACUGAUAGUGAUGAGCUUGUCGUUGAUAAUCGCAGUUACCAUUUUUGCAGCCAGAACAUGUUAAAAGUCGGGUUAGAGUAAGUAAGCACUUCAGUCUGUUUCAGGUUUCGACCGAUAUUUUUGCCUGUUUCUGCUUAUUAACCCUGCUAAAAAUUUCCACAUUAGCAGCUUAUAUUUUGAGUCAUGCAAAGCCCCAAAGCAGUCAACCACUGAGGGAGAUCAAAUAUUAAAUAUGCCUCAGUUAAGGCAACUUCCACUUAUACUGCAGGUUUACCUGUGGUUUCAGUGUUUUAUUAAGUUGUCUCAGAUUAUGUUUUUUGUAACAUGGGGCCUGUUAAAAACACAGUGAUUUAUUUGGUGUUGCAAAUGGUACAACUUUAACAACCCUUAAAUCAGUUAAUCAAUACAAACUAGAUCAAGCUACAAAACGCAAAUUUAAGUCACAAUAAAUACAGAGAAGGAUGUUGUUAAGAAGUGCUGUCCAAAUUUUGAGUCCUUUUAGUAAGGCUUCUAUUUACGGUAUAAGUAUAUUAUGUAUUAAUUUCAGCUCCAAAAUUGUACAUAUCAAAAUAACCAAUCAGACAUGAGUGAAAAUCAGUAUUUGUCACAUAAAACUGAGAUUUACCAGACCAUAUUAGGUGUCACAUAAUGCAAACCUUCCCCUAUAAACUCAAGUUUAACUCUUUAAGUCUCAGAACAACAACAAAAGAAAAACAAUUUAUAUGGGAAAGUUCUAAAUGUUCCUAUUUCUCAUAUUCAUUUCCCUCCAGCCAAUGUAACACUAAGCGAUCACAUCAACGAAGAAGAGUUUACUGAAUGUGCUUUUCCUUCUUCUAGGGCUCUGACUUGCAUGUAUCGGUGCACAGCAGGUGUCUUAAAAAAUGUCGUCCACGUCAAUUAUUCGUGUCCUCCGUCUGCUUGCGGUAUGCUUGACGGUAUUUGCGCAGUUUGUCCUGCCUGUUCAGGCCGUGGAAAGUGAAAGGGGGGGAAGACGGUAGACGCUGCCCUUUGUGAACGUGUGAGCUCUGCGGGUGCAUGCUCAUGACUUGCUGUUCUGUUUACAUCUUAAAUGUUGUAUCCUCCCUGAGCUCUGUGUGCAAGCUUCAGCAGGAAAUGGGAAUGUGUAGCUGUGUUGUGGUAGCAUCCAGCACAAACGUACCAUCGGCUGUAACUUGAUGUAAAUACUGCAGUGACCAUGGAUAAUAGCCCUGUUGUACUAGUGCUGUUUGCGUUGGGUUUGUUUAGCUCAGACUAGCUCUCCGUCUCAGUUUUCUGUACAUAUGAGUCUUGAUGAUUUAUUUAUCCAAAGUAUAUGGAAUAGAAAAGCUGUGUCCUUUUUUUUUUUUAUUUGCUUUGUAACGAUCAAAACAGCUCUUUUCAUUAGUGUGUGUAAAUAUAAUGCCGAGUUGUUAUUUUCCAGCUGCAUGAACUCUUGAAUCUCUGUGAAAGCUCACAGGUUGGCAAGCUUUCUGCUUUUCGUCCAGCCUCUGUUGUAAGCUUUAGGUUUUUGUUUGAAAGGAAGAAAUUUGAUUGGAGUAAAAGAAUGUUGUUUCUGUUUGUAGAUUUAUGGAUCAAAACAGAUUUGCAGCAGUAGAUUUAUUAAAGAUGACAUGCUAACUUUA